GCCUGGGGUGCACUUCCGCAUACGUCAUCAUUCCGCGCCGCCGCGUCACUAGCAGUGGGAGGCGGAGUCGCAUUAAAUGCGCUGGUGUUUAUUGAGAAACCCUGUGUUUAACAACGAAAAGAUAAUGAAAGUAAUCGCUGUUAUUUAGUUGACGUGAUAUUCUGUAGUUUUAUUAUUUUAAAACAGAUUCGGCUUGAGAACUUCGUUGUGCGACUUGGCUGCUGCGCACGUGCUGCGUGGUGGAGAAAUCCAGCAUGGACUCCAGCAAGAGGAAACGUGUUAAAAUGGCUGAAGUUGUGUUUGAUGAAGAUGAUGAGGAGCUUUCACUUGAUGAGGAGAACAUAAUUAGUGCCAGUGAAGACGAGGAGGAAGUUGAUGAUGACCGGAAACACACUAAACUUCUGGAGGCCAUCAGCUCUCUGGGAGGAAAGAGAAGGAGGAUGCAGGCGGAGAGAUCGGAGGCAAGUCUACAGGUCUCUGAGUUCUCGGUAAACGCAGAGGGAGCAGGAGAGAAGGUCCAGCUCUCUGACCUGCUGGGUACGGUGGAGAAAACACCCGGAGCACCGAACAAGACCAAAAAGCAGCUGAGGAACCUGCAGAACCUGAAGGAGACAUUGGAGCUCCCACUGAGCCGCCAGCAGACAGAGAAGAUUCAGAGGGGCGUGGCAUACGAGCGCAGCAGUACGGAGGUGUCCCGCUGGGAGAGUGUCAUCGCACAAAACCAGAAGGCCGAGCAGAUCAUCUUCCCUCUGAAACAGGAAACAGCCGGACCCAAGCGUGUGGAGCAGGUGGUGGCCGGCUGGAAGGCUCAGACUCCUCUGGAGCAGCAGAUCUUCAGUCUCCUGCACAGUAAUCAUCAGCCGGUUGUUGACCCCGUCUUGACCCCCGUGGAGGAGGCAUCUAUUAGGGCCAUGAGUCUGGAGGAGGCGAAGAUCCGGCGUGCGGAGCUGCAGAAGGCACGAGCGCUGCAGUCUUACUACGAAGCCAAAGCUCGAAGAGAGAAAAAGAUCAAAAGCAAGAUGUACCAUAAGGUACAGAAGAAGGCUAAGCGUAAGGAUUUCCUGAAGCAGUUUGAUGAGAUGAUGAAGACUGAUCCAAAUGCAGCUCUGGAGGAGUUGAAGAAGAUGGAGAUGUCCAGGAUGGAGGAGAGGAUGUCUCUCAAACACCAGAACAGCGGCAAAUGGGCCAAGACCAAAGCCAUCAUGGCCAAAUACGACGACUCGGCCCGUAAGGCCAUGCAGCAGCAGCUGGAGGUGAACAAGGAGCUGACGCAGAAACUUGUCGUGCCGUCAGACGAUGAUGAGGAGAAAGAAGACGAAGAGGCGAGCGCUCUCCCUGACUUUGUGAACGAGCCCGAGUCGCCCGGUGGCUUGAACCCGUGGAUGAAGGGAAAACUGACCAGCGAAAGUCACGAGGUUACAGAGAAACCUGAUGCCACGACUGCAGAGGAACCGGUGAGGAACCAGGCACAGGAUGAGGAUCAGGAGGAGAUGGAGGAGGAGAAUGAGGAAGAGAAGCUGCUGAGGCACUUUGAGAUGAAACGGAAGCUGAGGAAAGACGGGGAUGACAAUUUGGUUCCUGUCGCACAGCAGGAGGAGGAUGGAGUUCUGGAGAAACCCGUUGGAGACGUACAGGAGGAUGAGAAGGAAGAGGAGGAAGAGGAGGAGAAUGAUGAAGAAGAAGAGCAAGAAGAAAUCGUGUCUGAAUUUAACACACUGUUUAACAGGUUGAUGAAACGGCCCCAGAAGCGCACCGAGCCGCCAUCGCGCAAAGUGACCCAAGUACAAGAGGCGGAGCUAAUACACGAAGAGGAGGGGCUUCUAGAUGAGGGUCUGGUCCACGCUCGGACCGUGGAGGACCUGGAGGACCUGGGUCACGACGGGAUUGUGGAAAAGGAAGCGGUGUCGGGUUCAUACGCCGCCAGCGUGGACACGGCGUCUGAGCCGCACGGCAAGAAGAAGAGGAAAGAAAUCGACCCGAGCGAAGUGCUCACUAAAAACGCCAACGCGAUUAAAGUGCCGCUGGCGCCGACACUGGUGGAGGGAGACGAAGGAGAGGAAGAGGAGGGCGUGUCUGCUCAGAUGUCCAUCAUUAAGGAAGCCUUCGCAGGAGACGACGUCAUCUCCGACUUCCUAAAGGACAAAAAGAAACAGGAAGAGGCGGGGCAACCCAAAGUGGUGGACCUGACCCUGCCCGGAUGGGGGGAGUGGGGCGGAGUCGGGCUCAAGCCUUCCCGAUAUAAACGCAGGAAAUUCCGGCUGAAGCCUCCUCGCUGCCCCAGAGAAGACCAGAAGCUUCCGGCGGUGAUCAUCUCUGAGAAGAGGAACGUGUCCAUCGCAUUGCAUCAGGUGAGCCAGCUGCCGUUCCCUUUCCAGCACAGCUCUCAGUUCGAGACGUGUAUCCGUUCUCCCGUGGGUCAGACGUGGAACACGCAGAGCACCGUAAAGAAACUCACCGCGCCCAAAGUGGUGACCAGACUGGGCUCCAUCAUCGAGCCGAUAAGGAAGGAGGACUUCCUGAAGGAGGAGAAGAGCGCAGCAGCGCUGAAGAACAAGCCGCAGAUCGUCCUGGAGGAAAAGAACAGGACAUCCAGGAGGCCAGGGGGCGGAGCCAGGGGAGAACAGAAGAAGAAAAAGAAGAAGAAAUAGAAGAGGAAAAGACGAGUGACUUUAUUAACUGGAGCGAUGGCAUGAUCUCUGGUCUGGAAUGAAGAGGAGCGAGGGAUUAGAAGUUGAAGUGGAUGGAUGAUGGAGAUCUUGUGUACAUUUGUCCUGUUGUGUAAUUAAAAUACUUCUCGUUA